AGGUGUAAAGAACGUAGGCGAGCAACAGAGAAGCAAACGAAAUGAAAUGAAGGAACAACAAUAAAUGAAUCGCUACUUUGUAGUAUUAUUAACCAAACAAAAGUGCGGCGCGAUCACAAUGUUUCUGACUGCGAACGGCGUCGGUUGUCUUUACUGCGUGUGAGCUGAGAGGAGCGCAGCGGUGCGAUUUGUUUACAUUCUGCUAGAAAAAUCACAACAAGCAAACAAACAGUAUCGUCUGACAAUAACAAUAACAAUAGCAAUAAUAACAACAACAAUAACAAUAACAUGCAAAUAAAAUGCAUUUCAAGCGGCGCAAAUAAAUGAUUCAAAUUAAACGCACGACACGAUGACCAUUUAAAAGAAUCGCCAAGCAGGAAGAAUCGAAAAGAAUUCAAGAAACGCAAAGCGAGCCGAAGAAAGUGUACAAAAUCAGGCCAAACCGAUUUGUUUUUUCUUCUUUCGUUUUUUUUUCUAUUUUUUGUUUGUUUUUGUUUUUUGUUGUGGUGUGGUGUGCGGCUUCAGUUGCGUUUUCAUUUCUCUUUCGCACCAGAACAACAAAUGAAGCACGGAAGCGCCUGAAAAUGGAAUUUCUGGAGAACCUGUACAAAACGCUGCAUUCCCUGCUGUCCUCCUACAUCGAUCUGGACUAUUCGCUAUGGCUAUAUCGCUUCUUGACCCCGCUAAUUGUCACCUUUCUGCUGCCUUUGGUCUUCGUGGCCCUCAUCUACAUUUCGUUUCUGGUGCUUUUCAUCUACAAGCUGCACAGGCAGGUGAUAAUGCGCGCGGUGCAGGGCGAUCGCAAUUUCUGGCGGGUGGGCCGCAAGAUAGUGGCCGCCAUCUGGGACGCCCAUGCGCGGAUCUACCAUGGCUACGAGGUGAUCGGACUGGAGAAUGUGCCGCAGGAGGGACCGGCGCUGAUUGUCUACUACCAUGGCGCCAUACCCAUUGACAUGUACUACUUGAAUUCGCGCAUGCUGCUGCAGCGCGAGCGCCUCAUCUACACCAUUGGCGAUCGGUUCCUGUUCAAGCUGCCUGGAUGGGGCACCAUCUCGGAGGCAUUCCACGUCAGUCCCGGCACGGUGCAGUCGUGCGUGAGCAUACUGCGGGAUGGCAAUCUGCUGGCCAUCUCGCCGGGCGGCGUGUAUGAGGCACAGUUCGGGGAUCACUACUAUGAGCUGCUGUGGCGGAAUCGCGUCGGCUUCGCCAAGGUGGCCAUCGAGGCGAAGGCGCCCAUCAUUCCCUGCUUCACGCAGAAUCUGCGCGAAGGCUUCCGCCAGGUGGGCAUCUUUCGCACGUUCUUCAUGCGCCUGUACAACAAGGUGCGCAUUCCGGUCUAUCCCAUCUACGGCGGCUUUCCCGUCAAGUUCCGCACGUACCUGGGCAAGCCCAUACCCUACGAUGAGAGCCUAACGCCGCAGGAUCUGCAGAUUAAGGUGGCGACAGCCAUCGAGGAUCUGAUCAAUCAGCACCAGCGUCUGCCCGGCAGCAUUCUGCUGGCCCUGCUGGACCGACUGCCCACGUUCAGGCGACGCAUCCGGCAGAAGGAGGAGUGAUCCAGUGGCGUUUAGCGCAUAGAGAGAUUAACAGAUUGAGCUUGGUCCUGGCCAUAUAAAGACUUUGUUCCAUGUACUUCAUGAUGUGUGUAGGCAGCGCCAUAUAUACAUAUAUCUCUGUAGACCAUACAUACUUAACCAUGCAACUGAAACCACUUUGCAACUUUGUAAAUGCCUCCCAGCCCUUUGCUUUCAGUUCGUUAGUCACAUCUCGAGUUCAUUGAAAUCCGAAUGUUUCAAUUAGCCCUAAAGUACUAAAGUACGACUAAGCACUUGAGUCGAGCACCGAACAAAGAGGAACUCCACCUUAAUAUUUUGUAUAUGCCGUGUCUUCUCGAAGGAGACACGUUCGCUGACCAUUUUUCAUAUUUGAACUCGUUUUCCUUCCUUUUAGCGUAAUUGUAGAACACAUUAAGCAAUUAUGUCGUUAGUUUUCCAUUAGGUAUAUCGUGAAUACAUAUAUCAUUUUUGUACCUUUUUUUAAUGCAACAAAACAAACGCAAGUGAAAUGCAAACGAAGAAAAGACGAUUUAUAUCUGCCUGUGAGUGUAAGUGUGUGCGAUUGUGUGUACUAUAUAGUUAAGGAAAUCGUGUAUAAUAUAGCUAUAGCAUCGGAGUAUUCCAAGCGACAGGAAUUUCAAAAGAUCUAUGGAAUAAAAGCGGAAAAAAAACUUGAAAUAAAA